AGAGACUUUCUUAAAGUUGGGAGUGACUGGCAAUGGCUUUGGCUUAUACACAAAUACAGUAUUUUGUCGCCCUGCUGUGCUGAAAGUGCGAGCGUGAACAGAUUGUCAGCGGAGCGGAGCGAGGGGCGGGAGGGGGGCGCCUAGCGGAGCGGACGCAGCUGGAGCUGCUCCCGAGGGUGUGCGGGUGGCAGGUGGGCUGCGGCGAGGAUCCGGGUGGGCCGAGCUUCCGACUUCAGAAGUGGAGGGCGCUGAUGGCUUUUAUAGAGCCGGCUGUGCUAGCAGCUCACCCUCUCCCUGCCUGGGAGAUGAGAGGCCCCACUCACUGGCCUUGCAGCCUCCUAAGUUCAAAGAGAAGGUAGAGCAGGUGGGAGGCAUCAGGCCCAUGAACGUGGGUUUUGAGGCUGGUGGAGGGAGAGAAAGCUGGCCACCCCUAGGGCAGACCACUUCUGCGGUCUGGAGUUAGGAGUGUGGGUGGCCUCAGUGAAGCACAAUUUCACGUAUUUGAAUUUUGUUUGUUCACUGUGCAGUGUGUGUCCGUUGCAGCUGGAGGAAGAUACUGGACUGACCCAGGAAGCUGAUGUGGCUGAAUAUCCAAGAGUCACAGAUAAGGGCAAUUUUUACCCCCUGAAUCACACACCUCUUUGAUUAUGAUGUGAUUAGGGUGGUACUCGCAAGCCGAGGUAGCCACUUAAUGUUUGGAAAACCUGCUAAGCCUGUUGCCCAGGGACUGUGUUCCAUUUGUGAAUUAUUUGGACAAUUGUCCAGUUGGAAAGGAACAGACAGGAGCUUUAUAACAAUUUUACAAAGCUCACCCUGAGAUUAAGCUGUUGAACGUAUACUUCCCAUUAGUGUUUAAUUUUCAAAGUAUUACUGAUUCUUAUUUUUAUGAAUCAAGUCCUUGGAAACACCAAGUCACUUGAAUGAAAUAGCAGCCACAAUGGUAAACUUCUCAAACGCUACCCCUGUGGUAGGUUCUCUUAAUUUUAUUGUGGUAUAAAUGGAAUAGCAUGUGUUCUCAGGUAUAAGGUUUGUCGUUUGCCAAUACAUCCAUUACCAAAGCUUUAGAUUCCCAUCGAGUUGGUGGGUUUGGGUUUUUUUUUUUUUUGUUUGUUUGUUUUUGGCAGCAAAAUCUUUCCAUUUAAAAAUUUUGUAACAGAUAGAUUCUCAAUUUUCCUAAAAAUCAUUUUGCCAUGUUAGAGGAUGCUUUUUUGGAAGAAGACAUCUGGGAAUACAAAUCUAAAAGAAAACCAAAGCCGGUCCAUACAAAUAAUUGCUCUGAGAAUACUCCAAAAUCUGUUGAAAAAGCAACAGAUGGAAAAUACCAGUCAAAACGAAACAGAAAUAAAAAAAGAACGGUAGAAGCUAAAGAAAAGACAAAGGACCCCGAAAUUUGCCUUGAAGAAACAGAGAGUCAGACUUCUGUAGCUUCCAGUCAGAAUUCUAGUUGUGAGGGUGGUAUUCAGCAGUCCCAAGAUCAGGAGGCCACUCCAGGAAAGCACUGUAGGACUCGCAAACACAAACACGUAUCUCCAAAGAUACGUCCGGUUUAUGAUGGAUACUGUCCAAACUGCCAGAUGCCUUUUUCCUCAUUGCUAGGUCAGACACCUCGAUGGCAUGUUUUCGAGUGUUUGGAUUCGCCACCGGUCUCUGAAACAGAGUGUCCUGAUGGUCUUGUGUGUACCUCAACAAUUCCUUCUCAUUUCAAGAGAUACACUCACCUCCUGCUGGCUCAGAGCAGAGCCAGCAACCAGCCUCUCGGCAGCUCACCACAUGGGCCAGGGGGUCGUUUCGGUGAGACUAAUUCAGGCUUCCUCUGUAGCCUUGAGGAAAGAUGGUCUCUGCAUCAGAAACAGACGGAAAACUUAAAAACCGUUUCGACUACACCCUCAUCAGUGACACCGUGUCUAAAGAAAUCUCAGUCUCCUGCUCAAACCAAUACCAAGAUAUCUUCUUUGACAAAUCUCCAAACAUCCCAGUCCACCCCACGACUUGCAGGAUGUGUUAAUAAUGACAAACCAGUAGGAGUUGGUUUGCCUCUCGCUGAAGAAUUAGACAGCCAAAACAACUCAGAACGCGCACUCUCGCCACUGCCAGAAAAUGACUUUCGCAGCUACGAAAUCUCUUACUCUCCACUUCAAAGUGAUGAAGAGACUGACGAGAUAGAUGAAAAGCUAGGUGAUUCACAGCAGGAACUGCUGUUUACAGAAAGCUCUAAAGAUGGCAGCCUGGGAGAAGAUGACACCAGCUCUUCUUUGUUUCACCAACUCCGUGGCUCCUCCCUGAGGGACCAGCCGGAGCACGGCCCCCACGUGCACGGCUUCUUAACUCAGGAUCCACGCGAUGAAGUAUUGUAUAAAUACAACACGCUAACCGGUUCGUCUCAGCCUCUUUUCCAGAAUAAGAGCAUUACUUCACGUGAUGAUGGGGCGCAUACCGGUGAUGAUUUCGUGCCGUUGCCAUCGGCAUUCGCAGAGGGGCUUCCUUCUAGUUAUCAAGCUGUCACAGCAAAACCUGGCAAGCCACGAUGUCGGGCAAAUAAACAGAAACAGGUACUUGAAGAAUCAGCUGUUGGCAAUCAGAUUUCCCUUCCAUCACUUAAUCGUGCAAUGCCAAAAGCUUUUGGAAGCCAGGGAGAAGGGGAUCUUUCUUUCCAUCCAACCCAAAGUAAAAUUAGGAAAGCAUCAAAUAGGAACUUCAGUGCUAAGAACAGUACUGACUCCACAUGUGUCUGCGGAAAGGCAUUAGGUGGUAUACAAGGCAGUAAAGUUACAAUUCCAAAUACAGGGAAAUCUAGUGCGUCUACUGCGGCCGAGUCUCUGAAAAUAUCGCCAUCUGGUCCAAGCUGUCCUGCGACACAGUCUUCUUCCAAGGUAAUGAAGCAAACGGAUAUAGGUGUUUAUUUUGGUCUACCACCCAAAAGAAAAGAAGAGAAAUUGCUGGAGGGAAGUGCAGUAGAAGGGCUGAACUUCAAUCCAGCUGUAAGUCCUAAGGGAAAGAGGUCCCGGCAGCGCAAGAGGAAAGCAGAAAAGUCAUUAAGUGAUUUAGAAUUUGAUGCAAAGAAUUUAAGUGAGACUCAGCCCUCUGUGGAAUUUUCCAGUGAGAGGUCACAGCCUCAAAGAAAGCGACUGAGAAAGUCAGAUUCACUACAGGCAGGAGCACAUCAGAAGAGGUCACAUCGCCUUAUUGAUAGGACAGAAUCCGAAACCCUCAAUUUAAGGAAAGACAAAGUCUUCGUAAAAUCAGCUUGUGGCAGGCUGCAGAGAGGGAACACAGAAAUCCCAGAGUCAUCUAAUGCAGGACAAUUAAGAAAAAAGACAUGCCCAUUCUAUAAGAAAAUACCUGGGACUGGCUUCACAGUUGAUGCCUUCCAGUACGGACUGGUGGAAGGUUGCACAGCCUAUUUUCUCACACAUUUUCAUUCUGAUCAUUACGCUGGAUUGUCUAAAAACUUCACAUUUCCAGUUUAUUGUAGUGAGAUAACCGGCAAUUUGUUGAAGAGCAAACUUCACAUGCAAAAGCAAUAUGUCCAUCCACUACCAAUGGACACUGAAUGUAUAGUAAAUGGUGUAAAAGUCAUUUUGCUUGAUGCCAACCACUGUCCAGGUGCUGUCAUGAUUCUGUUCUAUCUUCCUAAUGGUAAAGUCCUGUUACACACCGGAGACUUCCGAGCACACCCCACCAUGGAACGUUCUCUUCUCGCAGGCCACAAAGUCCACACGCUUUACUUAGAUACGACAUACUGCAGCCCAGAAUACUCCUUCCCGUCGCAGCAAGAGGUUAUCCAGUUUGCCAUCAACACUGCCUUUGAGGCAGUAACUCUAAACCCACGUGUUCUUGUUGUCUGUGGCACCUAUUCUAUUGGAAAAGAGAAAGUCUUCCUAGCCAUCGCUGACGUUUUAGGUUCAAAAGUGGGCAUGUCCCAAGAAAAAUAUAAAACCUUACAGUGCCUCAACAUCCCAGAACUUAAUUCCCUCAUCACUACAGAUAUGUGCAAUUCACUGGUUCACCUUCUCCCAAUGAUGCAAAUUAACUUUAAGGCUUUACAGAGCCAUUUGAAGAAGUGCGGUGGAAAAUAUGAUCAGAUUUUGGCUUUUCGACCUACAGGAUGGACACAUUCUAACAAGUUAACUGGUAUAGCAGACAUUAUUCCCCAGACCAAAGGAAACAUUUCAAUAUACGGAAUCCCUUAUAGUGAACACAGCAGCUACCUAGAAAUGAAACGUUUUGUUCAGUGGCUGAAGCCCCAGAAAAUCAUACCUACCGUGAAUGUUGGCACUUUGAAGUCUAGGAGCACAAUGGAGAAAUAUUUUAAAGAGUGGAAAUUGGAAGCUGGAUAUUGAUGUUACCUGAAAGGACUCAGAACUAGUUAGGUAACUUACGUAGAGCUCAUUACUAGUUAAAUCUUAAGUGAUAUGCAACACACUUUAUAUGAAAAGCUUCGUGAAGGCUGCUCAGAUAAAUUGUUUCCUCAUUUACAUUUGAAUAGCACGUUCAUGGUGCCUAGUGUCUCUGCAUCAUCAGUAAUGAUGGAGACGGUCUCCCUAGUACCCUUGAUUCUUGCUCCUCCCACCAAAGCAGGUACAUCCUGCUGCAUCCAGCCUCAGGAAAGGCAACAAAGGCAGCCUGAGGGACCAAAGGAUUCAUGAUGAUAAUGGAUAAAUGAGAUCGAAAGCAUUAUAUACCUGUCAUUUUGUAUUUUUAAAAUUAUUUAAUAUGGAGCAUAUUUUUAUGAGAUAACUUUUAUGUGGUAUGUAUACUUAAAUAAAAAAUCUUAAAUUUGC